GCACUGUCUUCAUCAUCAUCAUCGUCGAGAUCGGAGUCUUGGAAAGUUUCAGGGUGAAAGAGAUUGUGAAGAUGAUAAAGGCAGUGAUGAUGAUGAACACACAAGGCAAGCCACGACUAGCCAAGUUCUACGACUUCUUGGUCCGCCUGUAGAGAAGCAACAGGAGCUCAUCCGCGGCGUGUUUUCAGUGUUGAGCAGUAGACCUGAGAACGUAAGCAACUUUCUGGAGAUUGAUGCAUUGUUUGGGCCGGAUUCUCGGCUUGUGUACAAACACUAUGCUACUCUCUACUUUGUGCUUGUAUUUGAUGGAUCAGAGAAUGAGCUGGCUAUGCUUGAUCUCAUUCAAGUUCUUGUUGAAACUCUGGACAAAUGCUUCAGCAAUGUCUGUGAACUCGACAUUGUGUUCAACUACAGCAAGAUGCACACAGUGUUAGAUGAGAUUGUGUUUGGAGGACAGGUGCUGGAAACUAGGUCUGAUGAAGUCAUGAAAGCUGUUGAAGAAAUCUCAAAAUUAGAAGCUGCCUCAAACUCGAUUUCACUUGUCCCCAAGUCUGUUUCCGGUUGGCGUGGAGGCCGAUAG